GCGCAAGUCACAACUCUCACCACACUUUUCAAGACGCAGUUGAGUCAGUGACAUAAACUUCCACUGCAUUUCAAAUCUCAUCCUUAACCUCAAAACCGCUUCUUCAUUUAGUUGCCUCUUUAGUUUGUUUAAUUGUUAUAAAACGUAAUUUAUUUAAAAUGCCUUUAAAUAGAGGUGCAAUUGUUAAAGUUUUGGAAAUAAUCAGUGUUGAGAAAGGCCUACAAUGCACAGCAACUGAAGCCAUGAAAGGAGCAGUCACAGCAGGAGCUUGUGCUUUUGGGGGAGCAUUACUUGGAGGUCCUAUUGGAAUGGGAAUAGGUGGAGCCCUAGGUUCACUUUAUGCUGCUGUUCAAAGCAAAGGCAAAUUCAAAUCAGUGGUGUCUGUGUUACAAGAAAUGACUCCACAACAACUUAUGCUCUUGGAGAAUAACUUCCAAGCAAUUUUCCAAGACAUCGAUGCUACAGACAUUGCAGCUGCUGCAACCUUAAUCAUGAGCAAUGGAAACCUGCAGGGUCAAGUUUUGCAACAGCUGGCCCAUUUCUUCAAAGAGGAAAUGGCUCUCCAGCUUGCCUCAUAAGACUUUCUUGUUAUUGUAUUAUCAGAUUAUAUUGUUCAUGUGAUUUUAAGUUUGUGAUUUUAAUUUUAUUGUAAUGCAACAUCAAAUGACAUUGAAAAUAUUUUAUAUACAAGAUUUUACGAUUUAUAAGAAGUGAUAAAAGGGUAAUCUAUAAUAAUAAAUCAAUGUUUACUUAA